AUGAGUUCUACUGUGAGGUCAUCUAAACCAGAUGAAAUUUCAAAGGGUCGGUCCGGAAGUGCUAGCUCUUUCGCGACAUAUAUGAUCAUUUGUCCCGUGUGCUUUUUUCUGGGCAUCCUCUUUUCGUCCCUUCCAUACGACUAUCCACUUCUCUGGACUUCUGAAGCUACACCGCACGCAUACUAUGAUCAGCUAGAAACCCACCUAAAAUUUCUUCAUGCUUCACCUCCUCUCAUCUCACGAAUGCUACACAUUUUUAUUACAAUCGGGUUUUCUGGAUUCUUCAUCAAGCUUUUUAAGCCAUCGGAGGCAAAUCUUUUAUUCGACGGCGCCUCACUUGUUCUUUAUGUUAUAGGAGUUGUAGUCUACAUUUCAAAUAUAGUAAAGGGAUUGAGAAUCGUAACAUCGGGGAACUACGGUCUGAAAGAAGGUAAUACAGAACUAGCCAUUGGAAGAGAAGAAAGCUUGAAAGUUCUGGCUGCAAGCAAUACCAUCCUUGCACUCGUCCUAAUCGGUGUGCUUGUGCUUCAAGCUGGUCAGUGGUAUGCUGAGCGCAAAGAAUUGGAUGAGGUAGCGCAGUUUGAAGCAGCAGAGAAAACCACCUUUGCAAAGAACUCACGAUCUAUGAGUGUACCGCACGUGGUCAAGGCAUCGGCGAAAAAGAAACAGUAG